AACUUUCACAGAAGCUACUAGAACGAGUGUCGUCGUCCCACUGCGAAGCGCCGGAGCAUCGACGAUGGAUGCCGCGAAGGUGAAAGAGCUCGAGAUUUUCAUCGACCAAUGCAAGAGAAACCCUGCGAUCCUCGCCGAUCCCUCGAUUUCCUUCUUCCGCGAUUACGUCGAGAGCUUGGGCGCAAAGCUCCCCCCCGCGGCCUACACGGGUGAGGAGUCUCCCCGGGCCGGCGCUUCGAAAACUCAAAUGACGGAGGAAAGUGAUGAAGAUACUGAAGGGCCAUUCCACGGGAGUGGUGCUACUGCAGAACAAUAUGAAUCUGAUGACGAAAUUAUUGAGUCUGACAUUGAGCUUGAAGGAGAAGUUGUGGAAGCUGAUAAUGACCCUCCCCAGAAGAUGGGAGAUUCAUCUGUUGAGGUCACUGAAGAAGCUCGCGAUGCUUCUCAAGGGGCCAAGGGGAAAGCCAUGGAAGCAAUUUCAGAGGGUAAGUUUGAAGAGGCCAUUGAACAUCUGACUGAAGCUAUUUUACUGAAUCCGACAUCGGCAAUCAUGUAUGGUACUAGAGCUUCUGUGUAUAUCAAGAUGAAGAAGCCAAAUGCCGCAAUCCGGGAUGCAAAUGCUGCUUUAGAGAUCAACCCUGACUCUGCAAAGGGAUACAAGUCCCGUGGCAUGGCUUAUGCGAUGCUUGGUCAGUGGGAGAAAGCUGCCAAGGAUCUGCAUAUAGCAUCAAACUUGGAUUAUGAUGAGGAAAUAAGCUAUGCACUAAAGAAGGUUGAGCCUAAUGCACACAAGAUUGAGGAACACCGACGCAAGUAUGAUCGCUUGAGGAAGGAAAGAGAAGAAAAGAAAAUUGAUCGUGAGCGCCGACGCCGCAAGGCAGAAGCCCAGGCUGCAUAUGAGAAGGCCAAAAAGAAAGAGGAGGCAUCUGCGAGUAGACCAUCAGGAGGCAUGCCUGGGGGUUUCCCUGGAGGUAUGCCAGGAGGUUUCCCUGGAGGUAUGCCGGGAGGUUUCCCUGGUGGCAUGCCAGGUGGUGUACCUGGAAAUAUUGACAUGAGCAAGAUCCUGAAUGAUCCUGAACUAAUGGCAGCAUUCAGUGAUCCUGAGAUUAUGGCUGCUCUUCAAGAAGUGAUGAACAAUCCUGCUAGUUUUGCUAAGCACCAAGCAAAUCCAAAGGUCGCUCCUGUCAUUGCAAAAAUGAUGGCCAAAUUCGGCGGUGCCGGUGGUGCUGGUGGUGCCAAGUAACUUUCAUCGUCAUCACCAGCUGUGUUUGUUGUUACAAUGGCACAUUGCUCCACAAACGUGUUAAUUGAAGCACCUUUGUAAUUACUGUUCAGACAAAAGUUCAAACUGUAUGAUGUUCUCUCUUGUUCUCUUUCUGGGGUCAAAAGUUUCGCACCAGGUUCUGGAUUUCAUGGGUGCCAUGGAUUGCUUUCUCAUUUUCAAAUUGUGUUGGUUGUCUGGCAAAAAGUAAUAUUCUUCUGAUGAUGAGUUAGAUUUUGGUUCUUUACGUCAUCUACCCAGGAUUAGAAUAUAAUUUCAACAUGAUUGACAGAUCUUACCAUUGAA